AUGGUGCUGCCGCUUGCACAACUUCAAUUCGUGCAGUACGUGGAGCAAGACGAGAAUGUCAGCGCGAUUCGGGUGCAGCCCACCAAGGCGUUAGUCAACUGUGUGUGUGCGCUCUCGCAUGCAGAGUUGAUAGAGGAGGUGCCACUGGCACCGGUGGCCGGCUUGUUGUUUGUGGUUGCAGUCGAAGAAGAGUACGAAGAGCUCGUGGCGAUAUUGCCCAGCUGCGACGACCUGCCGCGUCGCUUUGUGAUUGUGCCAAGUGCGAUCGCAACAACCAACGAGGGGACGGCGGCAUCAACGCUAAACGCGUCGUCAAUCAAGGCUCAAAUUGAAGAGGCGGUGAGCGUCUAG